UCUGUGACUUUAGACUGAAUUUAGUUAAUUUUUUGAUAAGCAAACAAACCUCCCUUCCAUCUUCUCAGGCCCUUCAAAUUUGUAUUGUUUGCGUUGUAGCUGCUGAAACAGGUUUGCUGCAUUGUGUCACCAAAGAUGUGUGUUUGCCAGUCAUUAGAAUUGCUUCACCAUUUUCUCAACCGCAGUUAUGCUGACUCACUAUCGUUGUGGCAGAACCGAGAGACAAGUUGCCUUCACUGAGAUGACAACAUGAAGUCCAAAGUGCAGAUGCUCUUCAUCAUCUGCUGCUGUUUUUUUGCAGCAUGUCUGGGUCGAGUUAACUUUCCUGAGGAAGAAAAGGAUCCCAACUUCUGGAGAUCAAUGGCCCAGCGGACUCUUCAAAAAGCGCUGACUCUUCAACAGCUAAACCAGAACGUAGCGAAAAACCUCAUUCUGUUCAUAGGUGACGGGAUGGGUGUUUCCACGGUGACAGCAGCUCGGAUACUGAAGGGUCAGCUGAGCGGACAUUCUGGGGAGGAAACCCAGCUGGAGAUGGACAAGUUUCCUUAUAUGUCUUUGUCCAAGACAUACAACACGGAUAUACAGGUGGGCGAAAGCGCUGCCGCAGCCACGGCCCUUCUGUGUGGGGUCAAGACCAACCGGGGCAUAGUGGGCUUGAAUGCGGCUGCUAUUCGCUACCAGUGCAACACCUCCCAGGGCAACGAGGUCACUUCCAUCUUCAAGUGGGCCAAGGAUGCAGGAAAGUCAGUGGGAGUAGUCACAACGACUCGCAUCACUGGUGCCACACCUUGUGCCACCUAUGCCCAUACUGUGGAACGACACUGGUACUCGGACAGCGAUAUGCCAGAAGAGGCGCUGAAGGGUGGAUGCAUAGACAUUGCCAGACAACUGUUUGAAAAUAUUCCAAAUAUUGAGGUUAUGAUGGGUGGCGGAAGGAUGUACAUGUACCCGAAAAACACGCCGGAUGUCGAGUAUCCCGACAUGGAGCAACACAACGGCACACGGAAUGAUGGCCGGAACCUGAUACAGGAAUGGGUUGACAAAAUGAAGGACAAAGGAGGCCAUUAUGUGUGGAACAAGUCGCAAUUCUUAUCACUCAACCCCAGCAGAGUCAAUUACUUACUAGGUCUAUUCGAACCUUUGGAUCUCAUGUACGAAAUAGAGAGGGAUACGGACAACGAGCCUUCACUCACAGAGAUGGUGGACAUGGCCAUUAAGAUCCUUAGGAAGAACCCUAAUGGAUUUUAUCUGCUGGUAGAAGGAGGACGUAUCGAUCAGGGUCACCACCGAAACAAGGCUCAGUUGGCCCUGCACGAUGCCGUGGAAAUGGAUCGAGCUGUCGGUCGAGCGGGUCUCCUGACCAGCGAAUUUGAUACAUUGACCGUUGUCACUGCCGACCAUUCGCACGUGUUCAACUUUGGAGGUUACACCUACAGAGGAAAUGACAUAUUCGGCUUGGCUCCCGAUUUAAGUGAUGUUGACCAUAAGCCCUUCACCGCCAUCUCGUAUGGAAACGGACCAGGUUACAAGCUGGUCAACGGUGAAAGAGAGAACAUCUCCACUGUUAACUAUCGUGACCCCAACUACCGGGCCCAGUCAGCCGUCCCUCUGAAGUCUGAUACGCAUGGCGGCGAAGAUGUGGCCGUGUACGCUAAAGGUCCACUGGCUCACCUGCUGCAUGGCGUCCAAGAGCAGAGCUACCUGCCAUACGUUAUGGCCUACGCCGCCUGCAUCGGGAACAACACGGCACACUGCUCCGAUCGGAAUGGGACUGGGGUGUAACAGUGUUAUAUUUUACUGGUGGGCUUUUAUUUUGAAGGGUCGGACUUUACCGGAUGCAGGAAUUGUUGCCAAAGAGACUCGAUACCUGAGG